CCUGCAUUUCCAAUCUCAACCCUCAUGAAUUCCGUCGCCCCCUUUCUCUCUCUCAUCUGCCCCUGUAAUUCUUCAAUCUCUUUCUUUCCGAUUUGCCCCAUUCUCCCUCUUCUACACACUCUUUCUCUCUCUCCCACUGAUCAACUGAAUUACCCGCCAAUUUCCUAAUCUCAAUCUUCCCUUUUCAAGCUCCUUUGACGUUCUUACCUCUCCCCCAAUCCGCCGAUCCAACCGUUCUUUCAAUCGAUUUUAAUUUUGUUUUUGAUGUCUUGUUUGCCGAUCGAUACUUCAUGCUUCUCGAAUCUAGGGUUCCGAAAAGAUUUCUAAGUUGGGAAGUAAAAUGGAUUAAUGGGUUCUCCUUCACUAGUAGAUGUUGAGCUAGUGUUGGAAAGGGGGGGAUUUGAAAUUGAAUCUCCUGUUGGUUUACUCUGAUAAGUUAAUUUUCAUGGCUAAUCGUGACUCGAUGCUUGGAAAUAAUAAUCAUACAUUGUCUUUAGGACAAAACCAACAGAUGAUUUUGGGUCAUAAUAACCACAAUGAAUUGGAACUAGGGCAGAAUCAUGACCAUGAAUUGGGUUUAGGUCAGGUUGUUGAUCAUGAUAUGGAUUUGGGUCGAUGUGAUGAUGAAGAUGAUGAUGAUGAACAGAAGCCUGAAUGUGAUGUUCAUGAAUUGGAUCUUCAUCCACAGGGCCAUGAGCUAGCUCUAGUGGAUAACAACAUCAUUGGAGAUGGAGAUGAAGAUGAAGAAGAAUUAGCUAUUUCUGAAAGCCAAGAACUUGACCUGACUGUUGAUCAUAACCAUGAAAUGGGGAUUGAACUUGUUCAUGAAAUGGAUAAUAACGAUAACCAUCUCAUGAUCUCUCCCAUUCUCCAGCAACGAAUGAUCGCUUCAGACACGAACUACGAGCUUCAUGUUGGUCAAGAAUUCCCAGAUGUGAAAAGUUGUCGAAGGGCAUUGAGAGAUACAGCUAUUGCCCUUCAUUUUGAAAUUCAAACUGUCAAAUCUGAUAAAACACGUUUCACAGCUAAAUGUGCGAGCGAGGGAUGUCCAUGGAGAAUACAUGCUGCAAAACUUCCAGGUGUGCCAACCUUCAGUAUACGAACAAUUCACGAUUCCCAUAAGUGUGGAGGAAUCGAGCAUUUAGGUCAUCAACAAGCCUCUGUUCAAUGGGUGGCUAACUCUGUCGAGCAGCAGCUUCGAGAAAAUCCUAAUUACAAACCGAAGGAGAUACUCGAAGAGAUUCAUCGCGUUCAUGGAAUCGCGUUAUCGUAUAAACAAGCCUGGCGUGGGAAGGAACGGAUUAUGGCUGCAAUGAGGGGUUCGUUCGAAGAAGGUUAUUGUCUUCUCCCGCAGUAUUGCGAACAAGUGAAACGAACUAAUCCCGGGAGUAUCGCUAUUGUUUACACGAAUCCAUCCGAUAAUUCAUUUCAGAGGCUGUUUAUUUCAUUUCAGGCGUCCAUUUACGGUUUCGUUAAUGCGUGUCGCCCUUUACUCGGACUGGAUCGAACGUAUCUGAAGAGUAAAUAUUUGGGGACUUUGCUUCUCGCGACUGGAUUCGAUGGCGACGGUUCUUUAUUCCCGUUAGCAUUUGGAAUAGUGGACGAAGAAAACGAUGAUAAUUGGAUGUGGUUUCUCUCCGAACUCCACAACUUACUCGAGAUGAACACCGAAAACAUGCCGAGGCUGACGAUAUUAUCAGACAGACAGAAAGGGGUUGUCGAUGGGGUGGAGGCGAAUUUUCCAACAGCCUUCCAUGGAUUCUGUAUGCGUCAUUUGAGCGAUAGUUUCAGUAAAGAAUUCAACAAUCGAAAUCUCGUUAACCUUUUAUGGGAAGCAGCUCACGCCUUAACUGUCAUGGAGUUCGAAGCAAAAAUCCUCGAGACCGAAGUGAUUUCGACAGACGCUGCUUACUGGAUAAGACGAAUCCCUGCUCGGCUCUGGGCGACUGCUUUUUUCGAAGGUACGAGGUUCGGCCAUUUGACGGCUAACAUCAUCGAAUCGCUCAACACGUGGCUUCUAGAAGCUUCCGGGCUUCCUAUUAUCCAAAUGAUGGAAUGCAUAAGGAGGCAGCUCAUGACUUGGUUCAACGAACGAAGAGAAACAAGCAUGCAAUGGACCUCGAUCCUCGUUCCAUCCGCUGAGCGACGAGUGGCUGAAGCUCUCGAGUGCGCGCGUACUUACCAAGUACUUCGCGCGAACGAGGCCGAAUUCGAAGUUGUAUCUCACGAAGGGACUAAUAUAGUCGAUAUUCGAAACCGAUGCUGUUUGUGUAGGGGCUGGCAGCUUUACGGUUUGCCUUGUGCGCAUGCAGUUGCGGCUCUUCUUUCGUGCAGGCAGAAUGUGCAUAGGUUUACGGAAAGCUGUUUUACUGUUGCAAAUUAUAGGAAGACUUAUUCGCAAACUAUACAUCCUAUUCCGGAUAAGACUUUGUGGAGGGAAUUGUCGGAUGGGGAUUCCGACGCGAGUAAAGCGGUUGAGAUUGCGAUUAAUCCGCCGAAAUCGCUUAGGCCGCCUGGUCGACCGAGGAAGAAGAGGGUGCGGUCGGAGGAUAGGGGUCGGGUUAAGCGAGUUGUGCAUUGUAGUCGGUGUAACCAAACGGGGCAUUUUAGGACCACUUGUGCCGCACCGAUAUAGGUUUGUUGUAUGUUUUAUGUUGUAUUUGGGGGAAAAUGUGGUUUUGAUUUUCCUAUAAUUAUGUUGUUAUUUGUUUUCUAUGGAGUCUUGGUAGUUAAGAGUGUAGAAUUAGAUGAAUAGAUAAUAGAUAGCUUUAAAUUAUUAUUUGAUGUUGAAAUUCUUGGUAAGGUAAAAGUGUUGUAUUACUUUCUUUGUUAUUAAAUAUAUCCAUCCUUGAUGUGUAAUUAAAUGAUAAUAAUUUAA